CCAAUCCCACCUAUAUUUCCAACCAGGUAUAUCUUUGCGAAGAAUCUUUUUGAAAAUGGUUCCCUCAAUAACAUCGAAUGGCAUAUCUAUCAAGACUGGCAUUCUUUUCUCCUGCAGGAGUUUGCCAGCCAGCUCAGAUUACAUGGCUUCAUCUACCUCCAGGCUACUCCCCAGGUUUGUUUGAAGAGACUCCACCAGAGGGCCAGGAAAGAGGAGAAAGGAGUUGAGCUGGAGUAUCUCAAACAGCUUCACGGUCAGCACGAAGCCUGGCUUGUUCACAAGACAACCGAGCUCCAUUUUGAGGCUCUGCUGAACAUUCCAGUACUGGUAUUGGAUGUCAAUGAAGAUUUUUCUGAGGAAGUAACCAAACAAGAAGAACUCAUGAAAAAGGUAAACACCUUUGUAAAGAAUCUGUAGCCAGUACCGGCUGUUCUUGCCGUGAUCUGGGCUCUCUGACUUUCCAAAGCUGGAAAAUUCCUGAGUCAUGCACCUUGCCAUCUUCUUUUACCCCUGGGGUCCUCUCUGACACUCAGGUCCAUGGUUUGUGUUAGCCUUCGACUUCGCAAUUAUUGUCUUUUAUAUCUCAAGGACUUCUAAAAUAAAGUGGAAGUUUUGCUUCCUUUGCUAAUCCA